AUGCUCCUCGUAACCAAGCCGAAGUUUGGUUAUUACAAGAGGUUGCUCAACUUUCACAACGUGCUGGUAUUCAAAUGCCAGAUGUUGUCGAAUGCGUUUGCCACAGGUUGGAAUAAAAACGAUGCACUUGUAUCGGUUUCAACAGGUUUGCUUGAACGCAUGAACAAAGAUGAAUUGCGUGCCGUGCUUGCGCAUGAGAUUGGUCACGUUGCCAAUGGUGACAUGGUCACAUUAUCCCUUAUUCAAGGUGUAGUGAACGCCUUUGUAAUGUUCUUUGCCCGUGUGGUUGGUGAUUUUAUUGACCGUAAUAUCUUUGGCCGUCAAGAUGGUGAAGCGCCUGGACUUGCUUAUUUUGCAAUUACCAUCGUGCUUGAUAUCGUCUUCGGUAUAUUGGCUUCGGCAAUCGUAAUGUGGUUCUCUCGCUAUCGUGAAUACCGUGCAGAUGAAGCUGGAGCUCAACUUGCAGGUAAAGAAGCCAUGAUUUCCGCUUUAUUGCGUCUACAGGCUGAAUCUGAAAUGCCAGAUCAAAUGCCGAAAGAAAUGAAAGCUUUUGCGAUCGCAGAAGGUAAAGAGCAAGGUUUUAGUUUGGCUGCUUUAUUCCAAACUCACCCAAGCAUCGAGCAACGUGUUGCCGCUUUACGCCAACUCAAUUUACCUUAA